AUGGUGCUGACUCUAAAAACAGCCGAUACUGAAGUCGCUAAUGCGCGGCUUCGCGGCACCGCCCGCGCCCGUGCAAAAGUGGUCGGAUCUGCCGAAAUGACCUCUGGCAACGGCGCUGGAAAGUACUGGGCGAUCGGGGCAGGUUUGAAAAAGAAAUCGGGAAAGAAUGACGAGCGAAGGAACGUCGAGACUGUACAGUUGCGCAUGUGGGGCCCAGGCGCGACGACACCCUGCCGCAAAGUGGAAUAUCACCUCUACCGAGAGCAGACAGGCGGUCCUCGGGUCGGACCUGAAGAGUGA